AUGGUAGGCCGUGAGAAUAAUGCGCCUCGCCAGGAAGGCGAGGGUAGCGUCACCCACAUCAAUGGCUUCAGUUCAGGAGCCGCAAACGACGACUUCGAGAUACUGCGCGAUUACCCAGACGAGCCUGAUUACUACAGCAUGCUCGGAUUCUCGCGCCAUCCCCCGCCGACCGAAAGCCAGCUCCGCGCCGCAUACCACAACCUCACACUGAGCUUCCAUCCAGACAAGCAGCCCCCGCACUUGCUAGAGGCUGCCAAGAGGCAGUUCCGGAAUAUCCAACAAGCCUAUGAAACCCUAGUCGACCCGCAGAAGCGAAUUGUGUAUGAUCUACAGGGCGCCGAAGGAGUCGAGCAGCUAUGGGGCGCGCGGGGUGUCAUGGGGAAGUUGAAUGGCGUUGAAGAUGGGAGUCGCAGGCAGCUCGGGCCUAGAGCGAUGCUGCCGGAUGAGUUUAGGCUGUGGUUCCUGAAGCGGAUGAGGGAGAGGGAGAGGGAGAUGCUGGACGAAAUGGUCGGAGCUCAGGGGGCUAUUUCUAUUAGCCUUGAUGCGACUUCGUUAAUAUCUACAAACUUGGAAGGGGACGGGGUACAGCUCAAUGUACCUACCGUACGUCCGAGUCAUUAUGUUCUCAAGUACUCCUUUAAAACGCCUCUACCGAGUUUUGCAGGCUUAUGGCCGAGUGUCAAAGAUGACAAUGACAUUGAUGACAUUGAUGGAGCACCUGUCCAAGAAAAUAAGUCUCAAUUAGAGCCGGAAUCCUCCGCUCCUGAAUUAACCUUCAAUGCAUCCAUCGGCGGCGGGAUACGAGACACUAUACAGCGCGUUAAAUACGAGGAAGAUGGCAUUCAGAAAACCGAUAAGGUUAAUGGCCCUCCUAUUGUAGUCUCGCGAGCAUUUACCUUGAGUGGCAAUAUCACUCAUUCCUUUACGGGGUUGGGAUUGAGAGCAGGUUCUCCUUCAAGAUUGCGGUCAUUGAUGGAUGGUGCCGCUGUCACUGGUGAAUUCGGAAUCUUUCCAAUACGUUCCUUAGCUAUAUCCUUCUCGAAGCCAGUGGUCCCUUUUCCUCAGGGUCGGCCAAUUUCUGUCACUGUUACGGGAAUCGUUCCGUCUUACCCUAGGCAAUUUAUGCCAACUAUUGGACUGAAUCUUUCUCGUCAAAUUGGCCGAUACCAGCAUGGCUCUAUUUCAUUCUCUAGUGGAACGAACCUAUGGCCGCAAUUUAUCCAGGACCUGCUAGCACCAACCACCAAUACAUUUGCUGAAACUAUAACCCCUUUCCUAAUGCCUCAACAACCCAGCUCAUUACAGCUCAAAUACAUUGCUACUCCUGAUUCCAUACCCCAGGAACAAGCCGAGCUACUUGGCCUGUCAGCGCGGCCAGUCAAAAACGAAGUCUGGCAAUGUGGCGUGGGUGCGUCCCCGAUGGGAGGCAGUUUGUCGCUAGAAUACGGACGGACUAUUUUUGGCAACAGACUUGAAGAACCGCCACGUUCAGAAUGGAAUCUCGAUGGCUACUAUCCUAUUUCCGUGCCAAAAAGCUUCCGUGGAGUGCGGAUUGUAUUCGAUGCUACGCUCGACCUCCUUGGUAACGCAUCAUGGAAUAUCGGUGCCAAACGGCAGGUCAGCGCAUUAUCCAGUAUCGGCGUAGCCAUCGGUGUACGCAGCGCGCGUGGCUUGGUUAUGUCUCUUUCUUGGACCCGUCUGGGCCAGUCCAUUAAAUUGCCCAUUGCCGUCUGCCCCUUGGACCUAGUCAACCCUGAGCUCUCCUUCUGGGCCGUCAUGGUCCCAUGGCUCACCUAUGUCGGAAUCGAAUUCACCUACCUCCGCCCUCGUGAAAGACGGCAACGCCUGCAAGCCAUAAACCGCAGACGGAAACGCCUUAAAGCUAGGAUUCCCGCACGCAGACUGGAAAGCGCGCGACAAAUCGAGAUGAUGGCUGAAUAUGUCCAGCGACGACAAGAGCGUCAGCAUGCUAGUGGCGGGCUCGUAAUUGAGAGGGCAGAAUACGGCUAUACGCCGCCGAAAAACAUCAACGAUAUCAAAUCCCGCAAUACCGAACUUGCAGAGCAAAAAAUAAUCGACGUGACCAUUCCUGUCGCUGCGUUGGUUGAAAAGAGCCAGCUCGUGAUAUCACAAAACACGAUUCGCUUCCAAAUCAUCGGAUUCUACGACCCGGCCCCUUUAUUACCCAAAGUGCUGAAGAUAUGGUACACUUUCAACCAUCAGCAACAUUACACUGAAGCCCAAGACGGCGAAGACAUUUACUGUCCUAAGAGGGAAGAUAUAUCACUCGAGUCUGAUUAG